GCUACCGUUACCGCGAUGUGUGGGGACUGUGUGGAGAAGGAAUACCCGAAUCGGGGUAACACCUGCCUGGAGAAUGGAUCUUUCUUGUUGAACUACUUAGGCUGUGCAAUGUGCAGUAAAAGGGACUUUAUGCUGAUUGCAAACAAAUCCAUGAAAGAGGAAGAUGGAGAAGAAAUAGUUACCUAUGAUCAUGUGUGUAAGAAUUGUCAUCACAUAGUAGCCAGGCAUGAAUAUACGUUCAGUGUCAUGGAUGAAUAUCAGGAGUAUACCAUGCUGUGUCUGUUAUGUGGCAAAGCAGAAGAUUCUAUCAGUGUCCUCCCUGAUGACCCACGACAGAUGGCUCCAUUGUUCUGAACAUCCUGCUGAAGUUUUACUGAGGAGUCACUCUUGGACAAGAGGCAGAUUCUCCCCCCCCCACCCGAAAUGAUUGAAGACAAAAGACAGCAAUAAAACAUAUUUUUAAAAACUGAAUGGGGCUUAACAAUGAUAAAAAUAAGCCUUUAUAUCACACUUUAAAGUUUACAAAAUGCUUUGUACAUAUUAUUUCAUUUGUGCCUCACAACAAUCCUGUGACAUAAGUGCUAUAGAUAGUUUUCCAGUUAGUGAUAAUAAAUGAGGAAACUGAGGUUUAGAGAAGGUAAAUGAUUUGCACGAGAUCAUGCAACUAGUAUGGACCAGAGGCCAAUCUGAAGCAAGGUCUUUGUAACUUUGUAACUUUAGCCAGCAGUCUUUCUACUGAGUUGGGGUCAUGGAAACAGGAAGUUGUUCAGUUCAGCCCACAUCCCAUUUCCCGCAAGCACCUAAAUCUGAGGGUUGUUAUGAAACCCAAAUGAGAUAACAUUUGUAAGCACUUAGCACAGUACCUGGCCCCUAGCAGCUCCUUAAUGAACACUUAUUCUCUUGUCUGUCCUAAAGUCAUGUCAGCAUACUCUAUUUCCCUCAUAGCUCUAAAUCCAUGAUUCCAUAUUUUAUCUCUGUCCUCAUGUAAGGGGCUAAAAUUCUAGUUAGUCUGUCUAAAAUAUCUAAUGAAUGGUCACCAAUAAAUUAUAAGCUUUAUCAAGAGUUAGACUUUUAAGCAUUUAUUAAGGAGAAUAAGAAUUUGGUGAAGAGAGAGAAAAAGGCCUAGAUUCAUUUAUCAAAGGGAGAGUACAUUUUAGCUCCACUCUCCACGAGAGUCCUCAUGAAAGAGCGCAAACCACCCCUUCCUCAAUCCCACAAGCCUCCUGUGAAAACUGGAAAUGUCCUGUCCCCACACACACAGCUCAAAGCUAAUUGGCUGAUAGCUUUGAUAGAGAGUAUCCAUGAGCAAAUGUCACUUCCUGACGCCAAGGACCUGACUGCAUGUCUUGCCCUCAGAUGCCUUCUCCUCAUGGUGGAGCUUUCCUACAGUAGCUCUCCAGCAGGUGGCAUCAUUCCAAUUGUUACACCCAAUAUCAUGACAGGAUCAUUGAUAUAGAGUUGGAGGGGAUUUCAUAAACCAUUUAACCCCUUACUUCCUUAUACCUCAAGUAAAUAUGAUUCAGUGAUUUUGUUUACUUAAAAAACUGGGUCUGGUUAUCCAUUAGUCAAUACUUCUAAGGAUAGAAAGGAAGUGAACUACAUGAAGAGUAAAACUAAGACAACUUUUCUACCUCUUAACACUGGACCCAUUAGAAAUGUAAAGUUAGAGGCUCAUAAACCUUAGUCACUAUUCAAAGCAAGUAGCAACUGCCUGCCCAGGAUAAUAAUCUGUUUCCCUUUCACUGGGUACAAGGCACUUUUCUAAGUCUUUCAACAAAGACCCUAUAGCUAUAAUUCCAGUGUCUGUGAGAAACCCUAAAUUAUUCAUUUAACCUGAGCGUGAUGGAAAAGGACCCAAACACUGCACUGGCAUUCCAGGAACUAAAUUGCCUGUGGCACAAUGCCAACAUUAGGUGAUACUGGUCCUGUUAGUGAUAUUGGCUUUGUUCACUGGUCUAACACCACGUAAAGCACUACUGAGAUUAAAAAACCAAACACACUCAGAUCACUAAAUUCUAAAUUUCCCUUCUUCAGAAUUGAGGCCCUUGGUCUUGGCCUAAUACUAUUUAAAAUGAAGCCACAUAAACUGCCUAUUGACAUGAACAGUUAUUCUAAGAAGAUUUGGUUCUUCAGGAAAAGGGAGUUGGGGGAGGAGAGGGAAGAAUCCAUAUUGAGACUCUCCUGUGGUGAGAUUAAGAAUAGAGUAAAAAGGGGCAACUAGGUGGCACAAUGGAUGGAGCACUGGCCCUGGAGUUAGGAGGACCUGACUUCAGGUUUGACCUCAGACACUUGACACUUACUAACUGUGUGACCCUGGGCAAGUCACUUAACCCCAAUUGCCAUGCACAAAAAAAAAGGAAAAAAAAGAAUAGAGUAAAAAACACUGUUAUCCCAGAAGUGGCCAUGGUUUACCAGCAGACAUUAGGGAGAGAUAAUGAGGGCUUCCACUCUCCAAUUUAGGUGUGAUUUCUUAAUCAAACAGAUAGAUUUAGAAGCUGUACACAAGGACCAUAGCCUCUGGUAUUUACGCUUCCAUCUCAACUGGACCAGACUCAGAAAAAGGGUUUAGAGAGCAGAGUAAUUGAGAAAGUGGCACUAUUCCCCAGAAUCAGGGUUUAGUCAGUAUUGAUUUGGGGAGGUGCCCAUCUAUCAUAUUUAUAGCAGACCUUUAUAUAUAGGUAUGCAAAUCACUUUAAGCAUAUUGUCUCAUUUGAGCCUAACAGCAAACCCAUGAGGGAAAAGUUCUCUUAACCUCAUUUAACUGAUGAAGAAAUUGAGCUGAGAGGAUUGAAGUACUGAAGGAGCUGAGAGCUUGAGAUGCUGAGAUACAAUAUUUAAACCCAGGUCUCCCCAUCCCAACUACAAGUCCAGCCUUCUGUCUACUGUGCUAUGCUCCCAUUAUCUAAUCUUUUAUACCUGCCUAUUUGAGAUGUCCAAAAAUUCUUAUUUACUGGGGAAAGGUGGGGCUCUGUUUUCUUUUUUCCACUCAAGAAGAGACUAAUGCUUUUCCACUUAGUUCCAUAUAGUUUAGUGCCCUGAGCAUAAAAGAUUUUUAGGUGGGUAGAGACGUUCAUCAGAAGUGGAAGUUUAGGCAUUUAAGUAUGGUUUUUCAACCAUAGGAAGGCUAGAGGCAGAUUCUUCACCGUUAUUCCUUGGUUGGUUGGUGGUUAAAAUGCCCAGGGAAUGAAGAGAAUAGAGAAAACAGUUGUUAUUAUUACCUUCUGCCCUUUCGCACACAUGCUCACACCACAGCAUCCUCUGCACUGCUGAAUAAAUUGGGGUACUUGUUAGAGGUUGAGAAAGGGCAGCACUUCAUAGUGUCCCCAUGGACCCAGACAGUGUACACAGGUUUCAAAGACCACCUUGACUUUUUAAAUUUGAGGCUCAGGUGCUACUAAAAAAGAUCAGCCCCAAACCUUUAGGGAUAGAUUGAAGAAAGAUGUUUUUUCCUGAGAAUUCCCAACUAUAAUGUUGAGGAAAAAUUUAGACCCCAUUGAUAAUUCCACUGAAUUCCAAGUACUCCUUGGUGUUCCCCAGAAGACAGAUGGAUCUACUAUUCUCAUAAUCUGAUCACUAAGCCUGUUCUGGCACUGUUGACAUGGAAUAGAGGGGUUUGUCUUAAUAUAGACUUAGGAUCAAAAUACCAAAGUCUCAUACAAGCAAACAUGAAGCGCCCAACAAGACCAUAAAGUGAAGUAAUUUUACUGAUACUCACAAAAUGAAGAGCAGUUAAGGAGAAUGAUGGAAACAGGCCAGGUCUGCUGGGAUCCUUGAUAAGAUAUUGCAUCCUGUGGAGACCCCAAAGGCAAUGGGGCACCCUCUCCCCCUGGUUUUUAAAAGGGUCUUAUCUAUGUCUGGCAGGACUGUGCAUUGGAGAAAUGAGCCAAAAUCUGGGGACUGGCACUAAUUCAUACUAGUUUCGGGGAGAGGGGGGACUCCUGGAGGGUCAGCACAUAAUUGAUAUGGGAAAUGGAACUUUGGGUUUUUACUGUUGGUUAUAUUCUGGCCAGGUGAAUCUGGGGUUUUUUACCUUCCUCAAGAGCAGGCACUGCCUUCUAAGUGACCUUUUCCUGUUCAAGCAACUAGUACCUCUAGAACCUAGCUUUUUUUUUCUUUUUUCUCUUUUUUUUUGGUGGGGCAAUGGGGGUUAAGUGACUUGCCCAGGGUCACACAGCUAGUAAGUGUCAAGUGUCUAAGGUCAGAUUUGAACUCAGGCCUUCCUGAAUUCAGGGCCAGUGCUUUAUCCACUGCGCCACCUAACUGCCCUGAACCUAGUUUCUUAUACUGUGGGUCACAGCCCCAUUUGGGGUAAUGUAACUGAAUGUGCGGGUCAUGAAAAAUUUGGCAAUGAUAAAAGUUUAUGUAUACCUAUUUUAUAUACCUAUAUACCAUGGGUCAAGCAAAAAUUUCUCGGGCAAAAAGGGGUCAUGAAUGGGAAAAGUUUAAGCCCUACCAUAAAACACAGCACUCUUAGCUAUAGCUAUUCUAGACAUGUGGCUUGGAGAUUUGUUGCUGGAGGGUCCGGAGUGGGGGAGUACAUGGAGUGGUGUGUUUAGGAGCUAAGAACUCCACACUGGAGUCAAGCCAGUGUCAGAAAGUGGCUGGGGAAAGAGAGCGUAAGGCAAAAGGGGGAGAAUCCACUGCAAUUACACUCACAUAGGACCACUUGGGCUGUUUGGGGAUUUACAAAUGGGCAUCAUGAGCUUUCCUUUUCCCCUGACACUUCUGGACCCAGUGCUGCCCAGAAACUGAAUGUGCUCCUAAGUGAUGCCCCUGGGUAGCAGAUGUUUUAGUGAAAGCUAGAACAUCAUUUCAUGGGUGCAGAUGAGUCUGGUUCUAGUCCAACAAAAAUGUAUUAAAGCACUUGUCAGUCAUUAAGUCUCAUUCAUCUUUACAUGGACUUUGUCCAUGGGGUUUUCUUGACAAAGCUACUGGAGUGGUUUGCCGUUUCCUUCUGUGUGAGCACAUUUCGCAGAUGAGGAAUUGAAACAAAUAGGGGUUAAGUGACUUGUUCGGGGUCACACAGCUACUUAAUGUCUGAGGCCAGAUCUUCCUUUCCUGAACUCCAGGCCUGGUGCUCUGUCUGUUGUACCACCUAGCUGCUCCUGGGUUAUUAAGCAAUUCCUAUGUGCAAAACACUUUACUAGUGUCAGGGGAUACAAAGAUGAAAAGACAGUACCUUCAGGAACUACCAUGGGGAGAUAGUAGGGAGGAAGAGCUGGCUAUGGCACGUAAAUAGAUAAGUAUGAUACAGGAUACAUGACUAUUCAAGGAGGCUGGAAAAAACACAAGCAACUAGGGGGAUCAUGUCUCAAGGAGAGUAAUGUUCUUUUUUUUUUUUUUUUUGUGAGGCAAUUGGGGUUAAGUGACUUGCUCAGGAUCAUACAGCUAGUAAGUGUUAAGUGUCUGAGGCCGGAUUUGAACUCAGGUCCUCCUGAAUCCAGGGCCAGUGCUCUAUCCACUGCACCACCUAGCCGCCCUGAGAGUAACAUUUUUGAAGCUGAGGCACCUCAACUCUAGUCAUGACCUUUGUGCCUCAUUUUCACAAACCAUAAGGCAAAGGUAGUUAUUUCCCUUCUCAGCCUUACUUCCGCCAGAUCAAUUAACAGUAAUAAUAAUAACUAAUAUUUAUAUACCCUACAUACUGUCCUAAGGUUUACAAAGCACUUUACAAAUGUUAAGUUUAAUCCUCACAACAAACAGAAGAGAAAGUACUAUUACUAUCCCCAUUUUGCAAAUGAAAAAACUGUGUCUCAGAGAGGUUGACUUGCCCCAUGGCCAUAAAACUAAGAAGUUCAGAAGAUAGGGACUCUGCUUCAUAACAUAUGAAUCUAAGUUGUGUCCAUUCAAAUGAUGAUAACUGUACUGGUUAGGAACUGAAAGGAUAUUGACUUCCCAAUUAGGAAAGAAUUAAAGUAUAGUUUGCUAGAAAUUAACUUGGGCUGGGACUCCAAAGAAGGAAAUUAAUGCAUUAAUAGGGAUCAACAGAGAGAAAAACAAAAUGGUGCCUAUGUGACACAGGACUCUAUCAGCUACCUUGUUGUUUUUAGUUGUGCCCAACUCUUCGUGAUCCCCUUUGAGGUUUUCUUGGCAAAGAUACUGUAGUGGUUUGCAAUUUCCUUCUCCAGAUCAUUUUACACAGGAGUAUGAGAACCAGGGUGCC